AUGAACGACCUUAUAAGUUUUGAAAAGACGUGUAAAUGUGAGGGACCGUACCGAUGCAACUUGUGCAUAAAAACGUUGUUUCAAAGUAUUAAUCGGACGCACAGGGGAGAUAAGUCGCAUCCAUGUGACAUUUACGAUCAGAGGCGCACCAGUAACAGCCUAUUGAUGGUACCUCAGCGGACUCGCGCCGGCCAGGAGCCGUACCCCUGUGAUGGAUGUGAUAAAUCGUUUACUCAUAGAUAUAAGCUAACUAGACACCGGUGGGUGCACACGGGAAAAAAACCAUACUCGUGCGACGAAUGUGAUAAAUCGUAUGGUUAUAUCAGUGGCCUGACUGUACACCAGCGAAUACACACGGGAGAGAAACGAUACUCGUGUAAUGAAUGUAACGAAUCGUUUCUUUAUAAAUAUAAACUGAUUAUACACCGGCGGAUGCACACGGGAAAGAAAAUAUACUCGUGCGAUGAAUGCGGUAAAUCGUUUGAUUAUAAAUAUAGCCUGACAGUACACCGCCGGACGCACACGGGCGAGAAACCAUAUUCGUGUGACUCGUGUAAAAAAUCGUUUUCUCAAAGGGGCAACCUGACAACUCAUCAGCAGUCACACAAGCGAAAGAACCCAAACCCGCGUGGUGUUUGA